AUGCUCGCCUUCUCUGUAGGAUCGCGCCGCUCCUUCGACGCAAUCAAUUCCCUCCACCAGCGAAUCCUGCGCGUCAAGGACACGGACUCUUUCCCCAUUAUUCUCGUAGGAAACAAGGCUGAUUUGCCAGAAAACAAGCAUCAAAUCAGCAUGGAUGAGGGCGUUUCGCUGGCUAGAAAGCUUGGAUGCCAGUUCUUCGAGACUUCCGCAAAGGAAGGCAUCAAUGUUGAUGAAGCUUUCAGCCAAAUUGUGCGGGAAAUCCGCAAGUAUAGCAAGCAAGAUGAGCACGAGGAAGUCUCUGGCUGCUGUGCUCGCUGUAUUAUCGCCUGA